GUAGUUUAAACCCGAACCAGCAGCAGUAUCAGGAGAAGGACCCUGCAGCAUGCUGAGCUGGAAGAGUUCCUGCACGGACCACAAGAGUUCUGGACAAGGUACCAUGAGUUCUGGAUCGGGCCUGAUGAGUUCUGGACCGGUUCUGAUGAGUCGGGGAUCCGGACCGGAGCGCAGCCGGGUCGGAGAGCGGCUGCAGGCGGCUCUGGCCGGGCUGCAGGAGCUCAACCUGCUCCGGGACCGGCAGAGCGAGCUGGUGAGCCGGGCUCUGAGGGGGGACCGGGAGGAACCGGGGUCUGCGGUCCGGUCGGGUCAGGAGCGUUCUGGAAAGACCGGGACCGAGGAGCAGCGACUGGAGGCGACUCUGAGGACCCUGAAGGAUCAGCUGGUAUGAAGACAUGCACGCACGCACACACACACAGAUCCAGUUUGAAGCAGUCAGACUGGUGUAUGAAAAAAUAACCUGAUUAUGUGUUUAAUCCGAACCCUACAGCUGAUAAUGAGUCUUAAUCAGGGUUACAAAAUUCCAGGAACUUUUUAAAUUGGAAUCUUUCCACUGGGAUUAACGGGAAUAAAUCUGAAAUGUACCAAAUUGAAGUUUGGCCCUCAACAGGAACUUCAGUAUAGUUGGUGAAAAUAUCUUGCAGUAUAAUCUUGACUAAAACAACCACAUUUUACACAAGUCCACUCCUCAAUCACAAAGACAUUUGAGCCCACACACUAUAGAAAGUCAAUUAAGUUUGGAUAGAAUUAUGGGGUAAAUAGAUUUCACCUAAAUGUAAGUUAUUUUUCAUUUCAUUGACCUUUUAAAAGACGAGUUUAUGGUGGUGGUAGCUACCUCAAAUGUGACGACUCCUGACAGACGGUUUUCUGUAACCAAACAAUCAUUUAUUCAUCAAUUAUCAGAUAUUUAAAGACCAUUUCAGUCAUUUAGCCGACUAUAUUUCUGUUCGUGCCAUCGUUCAUUAGUGUUUUUACAAGCUUUUGUAAUGAUUUUCAUGGAUGUCUGAUUAUGACCAAACAAAAAUCUUUCCAUUUAUGUUUGGAGAUGAAAGAGUUUGAUUAAAGUACCUCAAAUUCUUAGUUCAUUCCCAUAAAUUCCUGUAAUUCCCAUCGAAAGUUUCCAAUUUGGAAUAUCUCCAAAACUCCCCAGUUUAACUUCACAUGGAAAGUUUCUGGAAAUGUACAAUCCCAGUCUAAAUAUACAAUAAUGAGGAGGUAAUCACACGUGAGGAGUAUGUUUAUAAUAUAAAGAGAGAAACUCACUCAUUUUAGAGAGUUGACAACUGUUAACAGACAGCACUCAAUACUGACACACACACAGACACACACAGACACACACUCACAGGCUCUCAGCAGGGGGCAGGAAGCAGAUCAGAGCCAUAAAUCAGGCUCAGUAAGUAAGUGUGUGUGUGUGUGUGUGUGUGUGUGUGUACAGCUGCAGGGGGGAACUAAAAAAACAUUAACAGCAAAGUUUAAAGCUCAAUGGUGAUUUGUGUGUGUGUCUGUAACUGUGUGUGUGUGUGUGUGUGUGUGUGUGUGUGUGUGUGUGUGUGUGUCAGCAGAUGUGUUUAAAGAGCUGGUUUUCUGCUUUUUCACAGUUUAAAAACAAAUAUAAAGUUAAAUGUUGGUUCUCAAAACCAAACAGACAAAGUUCCAGAUUGGAAGGUGAACCUGUGUUGGAUUAAUCUGGUUCAGAUCUGAACCUAAACAGAAUCCACAUCAGAUUUGUUCAGAUCAUGAAAUCACAGAUUAGUGAAUCUCUAAAUCAGGAUACUUUUGUCAUUUUAAAGGGACUAAUGCUACCAUCAAGUUACCUCAGAAGUCAGAAGUCUGAGCUGAAAAUGGCGUCAUACCCAAGUUCCUGGCGUUUCAGUCACCAAGUCGGUAAAAGCAAAAUCGUAGGCGGAAACAUGUAGCCAUCUUGUUUCAGGCCUCUGAUUUCACUUUUUUUCCAACUGGAACGCUGGGAACUCAGGUGUGACGUCAUAUUCAGCUUGGACUUCUGACUUUUAAGGAAACUCAAACGCAGCAUAUGAUGAAUUCCUCACAUGGCAACAGUGGAGAAGAGUUCAGGAAUGCCCGGCUGUAGAAUGUGUUGUUUUAGUUCUGGGCUCUGCACUGCUAGGUUCCAGAAUGAAGGAUCUAGAGUAUCUGGUCCUGUAAUGAUGGGUUUCAGCGUGCUGGGUUUUUGGUUCUGGAAUGGUUCCAGAAUACUGGGAUCCUGGAAUAAUGGGUUUUUCCAGACUGCCAGGUUUGAUGAUGCAUCUUGACAGUGCUGGGUUACAGAGUCAGGGUUCUGGAUUCUGUAAUGAAACUCUGGGUUUGGUUAUACUUGGACCUAUGAUGCCAGGGCGAGGAAUGCUGGGUUCAAGAAUAGUGGGUUCCAGAAUGCCGGGUUCUGGAAUGAUGGAUUCCAGCAUGUAGGCUUCCAGAAUGUUUGUUUGUUUUUUAAGUUCCUGAAUAUAUGAAUUCUCAAUGCGGGGUUACAGAUUUCUAAAUUGGGUUUCGGCAUAGAGGAGAGUGGGGUAAGUGGAGCCCCACCCCCUUUUGCUUGUAAAUGGUCAAAUAAAUUGAUCAUGUGACCAAAUCUUUAGGAGAUGGGCGUCAAUUCAUGGAGUCUAUGAAGGUUGGAAGCUCAUGGGUGAAGAGGUUAGACAUUUAUUUUUUCACUCUGUAAAGUGAAUUUAGUCUUCAGUUUGAUUAGAAUUGUGUUUUAAAUUAGUUUAUACAUCAAUUGUGGAAUCUAUGAGCGACAACAUGAGGUCAAAAACAUCACAUAAAAGUCCACCAUUUUAACUUACCCCAAAAAUUCACGGGGUAAGUUGACCAUAGGAGACCACUUUUUUGUUGUCCUGCUAUAUUCUGAAGAUGACAGUUCUGUUUACUCUCAUUCUGUUGGGUUACAGGGAUGAAGAACAUCCUGAAAUAUCUGCAGAGACACGAGUUAGAGACAAAACUAGGACUGACUUGAUGGACUGAUCAGAAAUAUCAAACAUGGAUCAUCUUACGACACUCUCUCCUACAUGGUUCUGGAAUGUUAGGUUCUGGAAUGCUCGGGUAUGGAAUGUCAGGCUUCUAGAACACCGGGUUCCAGUAUGUUUGGUUCUGGAAUGCCGGGUUCUGGAGUGCUUUGAAGUUCCUUAAAGGGACAGUAGCCGAGUUAAAGGGUUUCAGGCAGAGGCUGAAAUGCAGGUUUUUAAAAGACACUGAUCUGAGAUAAGCGAAGAAUUUUAGGGGCUGUAAAUCAUUUAAAGAUACUACAAAGAUAUCAGGAGGACAAAAGACAGACUGAAAAUUAGAGGAAUACUCCCCCACUCCCAAGUUUUAGAGGACAGGAAGUGCAACUGUUGUAAAGUCCCUGAAGGCUUCCUUCACAUCCUGAGCUGAACUUUGAGAUGAAGUAAAAGAAAUACUAGUUUUGUUAAUGAAAUAAUCCAGAGUGGGUUAAAUGAAGAGCUGUUUUUUGAAGGUUUGAGGGAGCAGACAGAGCAGAGUUUAUCUCACAGCAGCAGCAGAGUGAGCAGAGAGCCAAACAGCCUCAUUUACAGCUUCAUGCUAAGACAACUGUUAGAGCAAAGCUGUAAAGCAAACUGUGAUUCACCCCCACCCCCCUCCUCUUCCUCCUCCUCCUCCUCCUCCAGGAGUUCACAUAAUGACCCCCCCCCCCCCCUCCUGUGGGGGGACGGACCCCCUCCUGCUGAGGUUAAUCAUCAGCUGCAGCUGAGCCUCUUUGUUUCUGUUGAUGGAACAUUACAGCUCCUUUCUCCUCAUGCAGACAGAGCUCCUUUACAAGAUUAAAGCAUCCUCACUGCCCUGCUUAGGAGGCUGUCUCCACUGUGUGUGUGUGUGUGUGUGUGUGUGUGUGUGUGUGUGUGUGUGUGUGUGUGUGUGUGUGUCAUGAACUCUUCAUCAUACAGUGUGUGUCGCUAAGUCAGCACAGCAGUGUUAACACUCUGCUGCCACCACCCUGUAAACCUAUAACUGUGAUCCACAGUGGCCUGAUAUCAGAGUCAUGUAACUGUGUGUAAUUAAAAAGCUGCAGCUCAUAGAAACAGAUUAUAUAGAUGUCCUACUUUUCAAAGCAUGGUCAUUUCUACCUUCAGUCCAAACCAUUUGGUCGGAGGUUUGGCGCUACAGGCAGGCGCUAAGGAAGUCACCAUCUCCACAAAGCUUGACAGCAGAUGGAAGCAGCAAAUGUUAUCUCAACACACUUCACAAAAAGAGGAGAUCAAGACCAAACUCUUUGUUUUAUUAUCUACAAAGACCCGACAUCGAGAUAAGAUAAUCUUCAUCCAGUAAGAUAAGACCUUCUCCAACAAUCUGCAGCGUUUAUCACGUCACAGCGCAGAAGAAACACUUCCUCUAACAGGCAGAAACCUCGAGCAGAACCAGACACGUGUUCGACAGUCAUCUGCUGAGACUGAGCUGGGUUUAGUUCAUACAAGUAUUUGGUUACCAUGCCAACAAUAAUGGAAGAAGGAUGUGCACUUUUCAUGGUUACAGUAUGUUAAUGAUAAAAGGCUGAUCCUAAUUUAAUCAAUCAAGAGGUUUAUUAUCAGUAUUUGUGAAAGUUAAAGUUUGUUGUAUCGGUUAAUUAACACGAGUAUUACAAACAUGGUAAUUAAAGUAUUUUUAUGUGUUUAUUAAGACUUUCUAAAGUUUUUAGUGUGAUAUUUCAGGUUAAGGUUUUUGUGUUAUGGUGUUUUUAAUGGAGGUGUGUGUCAAACAUGAUUUUUUUUAUCUCACGUUUGUUUGUUUCACUUUUUCUUCUUGUUUUUUGAUGAAAUGUUUUUACAUUUUUUAUCUAAUUUUUUAACAUGAGUGUCUUAGACAGUAUUUACAUGAAUUUUGGAUGUUUAUGAUGAAGUUUUUGAGUUUUGAAUGUGAUGUUUUUGCAUCCUUAACAUUAAGUUUUUGAAAGUAAAUGUGUUUUUAGUUCUAUACUAUCAUGUUAGUCGUAAUGUUGAUGUGUAUUGUUCUUUUCUGUUUUGGUUUUGAGUUUUUUUAAUUCAUAAUUUUAUGUUUUUAACGAGGUUUGGAGUUUUUGAUGAGCUGUUUCUCUGUUUCAGUCACGCCUCCGUAAACAGGACGUGGGUCUGAAGUCUCACCUGCAGCAGCUGGACCAGCAGAUCAGUGAGCUGAAGUUGGAUGUCAGGAAGGCGUCCAUAGACCAUCAGGAGAGCGACAGCAGACCCAGCUCAGGUGAGAUUGUUGGUCUUCUGUGAAUUGUUGUCACAUGACUUUGACACCUGAGGAAACACUCACCUGUGUGAUGCUCCGCCCCUCUGCAGGUUUCUUCGAGCUCAGUGACGGCAGCUCGCUGUCAAACUCGUGCACGUCGGUGUACAGCGAGUGUCUGUCCUCGUCCCAGAACAGUCUCCGCCCUCUCAGUCCGUCCAUCGUUCAUCCACAGCAGGGGGGAGUUUGCCGCCGACGUUCAGCUGAUGAAACCUCCACCCAGCACCCCCCUCCCCGGGCGUCAGGCCUCCACCUGGGCAGCAGCCGGAUCAGGGCGAGCUGUACAGAGCCGGGCCGACAGAGACCAGUAUCCACAGGUACCCCUCAGGUCCAGGAGAGAUGUUAACCCUCGGUUCCUGUUGAUUUUAAGCUCCAUCCAGCCGACUUUGUCUCCAAAACGGACAUAAAAUAAUCAUUUUCUGACAUUUUUUCUUACUUUUUUUACUUAAAUCUCUUAAACAACUUCAACCCUAACUGUUAAAAAAUUAAUGAAUAACAAAUUCGAUGUAAUCCCCUUUUUAUUCCAGUUUUUGUCAUAUUUAUUGAUAAAGUGUUCGUUCUAAACAGCUGAGAAAAACACGACAUUUUCUCCUUCUUUUCUGGAGCCUCGUCCAAAUUAAAUGUGAUUGAGCUCAUUUGUUCAUAUUAAAUUAUUUUAUAUAUCGGCAUAUAAAAUCAGAAGAUAUAUGUAAGAUAGGAAUCAUUUACAAGUGUUUAAAAAAAAUAACAGUAUAUUUGAGAUGUGAUAUCUUCUCCCCUGAUGAUCUGAAGGACCUGUUCAUCCUCAUGCAUGUCCAUCCACUCGCUCUGAAGUGAGGACAAAGUUGAAAUUGUCCAAAUGUCCCCCUCUCUUUAAAACUGUGUCUGUCAGCUCAAAAUAAAGAUGAAAAAAAGACGAAUGUCCUCAAAACGGACCGAGGAGGAACCGAGGGUUAAACCUGCAGCUGAAACUGUCCUGAAGCUCCUCGGGUUUGAUUGUCUGAAGGGUCUAAAAGGUUCUUCUAAAUCUCUUUCUCCUGUGAAGGUGAUCUGGACGGGAUCCUGGCUCAGGGACUUGGCUGCUUCAAACCUGUGGAUCCAAAGAAAUCCUCGACCCACCUGAGGACCUUUACCAUGGACUCAAAGUUCCAGAGCAACCUUGUGUCUCGUGAUGGAUCAGAAAUCUACCCGUACCCGAGUCCGCUCCACGCUGUGGCCCUACAGAGCCCCAUCUUCUUCCAGGGGGGUGACCCAGCCUCUGGACCCCAGGGACCCUUAGAGACUGGAUCUACUCAUGUCCAAAGGAAACAAACUGGGACAACUGAGACAAAGACUCUCAAGCAACCCCUGUACAGCGCCGGCACAGUCCAGAUCAAAACAGGGACUCUGCAGAACCUCAGAGCCCGGCACCAUGAGUCCUGUGAAGGUCAGUCUGUGAUCCCAGAAACCUCCCAGAGGGAAGUCCCCAGUUCAGCACAGACCACAAUGACCGUCCCACCACAGAGGGACCAGAACAGGCACUGCACGGGGUAUUCCAGACAACAGAUCCCUGAAAACAGGAACCAGAACCUGACAACCAGAGUCCCACAGGGUCCUCACAGAUCCUCAUGUCCCUCCACUGUAAGAGAGUCCAGCUGUGAUGAGGUUUCAUCACUAAGGAGGUCCAAAGGAGACCAAGAGAGGGGUCAGAGUCCAGAGAUGAGACAUGAGGAUCAUGAAGAGUCUGGUCUACAGGCAAGGAGGGUCCAAAGACAAAGAUCUGGACUGAACCACAACCCCAGAGCAGGGGACACUCACACGGCGUCCCCCCAGUUUGUCCACGCAAAGUUUGUCCCAGCUGGAUCUCAGAAGGUCAAAAUGAGGCAGGCGGACCGCAAAACCCGGGCCCUGAAACUGAGGAAACCCAGAACAGUGAGGCAACAAGAGAGGACAAGAGAACCGAGGUCCAGGGGGGACCAGAGGAGACCGGGGUGUGGAAAACCGAACCAGAAAUACUCAAACUGCCAGCCAGAGAACCACAGUCCAGGAUCUGGCUCGGAUUCCAGCCCAUGCAGUUCUGGACUACCGUACACGAACAAAACCCACAACAAACCACAUCCUGUUCCUACGGUAACAAGGUCUGGCAGGGUCCAGAGACACCACAACCUGGCCCAUGACCUGUCCGUGGACCUCAGGAGGAAGAGACAGGUGGAUCUGAUCCAGACCUCAUAUGUCCAACAUCAGUGGCCCAGGGAGUCCCAGGUUCAGGCUCCGAUGGUGCGCUGUUCCAGACCGAGUCAGUGGACUGGACCGUCCUCUGAGUCCUCAACCUCCUUCCAUCAGAGUCUAAACUCCAGAUACCCCCCUGCACCCCGGUACAGGUCCAGCCUGUACCCGCCUCGCUGUGAGUCCGAGUACUCAGCCGAAUGUGCGUCGCUGUUUCACUCGACGGUCGCGGCGAGCAGCGAGGGCGAGCUGAGCGACCACACCGCCAACCGCUUUGGAGACAGCGAGUCCAGCCAGAGCUACCAGUCUUAUUCAGAGUCCGACAGCAGCCUUUCUCUGGACCAGGACGACCCGGAAGAUCAGGAGGACUGCCUCCAAGACCCCAGGGGUAUGCCGUGGGCUCAAGUUGGCGUCCAGCAGCUCCCCCAUCCUGGACCAUCAGCCUGCCGCAUCAAAGCAUCCAGAGCCCUGAAGAAGAAGAUCCGACGGUUUCAGCCGGCCUCUCUGAAGAUCAUGACCCUGGUCUAAAAAGGGGCCCAGAACUGAGAACUCUUGAAACGGAUCAGCACCCUGAAACUUAGGAGCUACAAACUGCAGUUCCUCUCCUGUCCACUAGAGGCUGUGUCCUGCAGUGAGUCGGCCCCCAUAGAGCCCCAUGUUAAAACUUUACCAUAGAAAUGAAGUCAUUUACAGCCUGGAACCAGAACCGUUUGGGUCUCUGUUCAAGACCACCAUACAGACUAAGACUAUAGAAAACUCAGCAGGUAGAUAAAGGGUUAAACCUGAGGGGGUGUGGUCUCUGUGACUGAAGGUUAACUUUGUUGUAACUGAUGUUGGCCUCCAUCUUUGGGCGUCACAACACCUCCUCAGAAACCAGUGGAUGAUCACAGACUGUGGGGGAAAAACAGAGAGAACUCUGGGUAACUGCUCACCUGUUUGAAACACCUGGUUCCCUUUAACUAUCCUGAGUCAUUUAAACUAACUCUGUUGAACUCUAAAAGGUUCGAUUAAUGAAAAUUAUUCAACUUUCACCAG